AUGUCGCAAGGCCGGGAGCGCGACGACAUCACUGCCUCUGCCUCUGCCUCAGCGUCUGCCUCUGCCUCUGCCUCUGCCUCUGCCUCAGCCCCUGCCUCUGCCCACUACUCCGGAUCCUCCCUGUCGGUGAGAUGGGUGCAAGGAUUCCCUAGUCAGAACGUUCACUUUGUCAAUGACCACACCAUCUGCUACCCUUCUGGGAACUUUGUAAUAUUCAUUAACCUGGAAUCCAAGAAGAAGACGGUACUCCAGUGUAUUAAUGGGAUUGUGGGCGUCAUGGCAACUAGUGGGCCCAGUGAAGUCGUGGCUUUCUCUGACCGAAGAUUUAAACCUGUUAUCUACAUAUACAGCUUCCCUUCGCUGACCAGAAAAAUCAAGUUAAAAGGUGACAUUCUCCUGGACUACACUCUACUUUGCUUCAGUUACUGUGGCACCUACCUGGCCAGUUACUCGUCCCUCCCAGAGUUUGAGCUGGCCCUCUGGAACUGGGAAGCCGGUGUCAUCUUGUGCAAGAAAUCAAACCCUGGCAUGGAUGUGAGCCAGAUGUCCUUCAACCCCAUGAACUGGCACCAAAUGUGUUUAUCCAGUUCAAGUGCAGUGAGCGUGUGGACCAUUGAAAGAAGUAACCAGGAACAUCAUUUCAGGAUAAGGUCGGUAAAGCUACCCCUAGAAGACGCGACCUUCCUAAACGAAACUGAUAUGCUUUUCCCCACCACCCUGCCAAAGGAUCUCAUUUAUGGGCCUGUAUUGCCACUGUCGGCCAUUGCCGGGCUGGUGGGCGAAGAGGCAGAGACUUUCCGGCCGAAAGAUGACAUCUAUCCUCUGCUGCACCCGACUAUGCACUGCUGGACUCCGUCAAGCGACCUGUACGUUGGGUGUGAAGAGGGUCACCUUCUGAUGAUUAACACAGAAACCCUGAAGGUGACCGUGCUCCAGAAGGCGGAGGAGUUUCCAGUUCCGGAUGGAGCCCAGCUCAUCAACCCGCUCACACUGGCAUACCAAAAGGACGGCAUACUCGCUUCUGGAAUUGAUGGUGUGAUAUACUCCUUCAUCAUCAAGGAUUCAAAGUACCAAGUGAAGACCUUCCUCGAGUUAGAUGGGCCAGUGACACAUCUGGUGUUCUCCCCUAGUUACAAAAUGCUGCUGAUUCAAACAGACAAGGGGUCUGUUUAUAUCUAUACAUUUGGUGCAGAGCUGCCUCUCGAUAAACUCCUCGAUGCCUGCGAUGGGAAAGUGCAGGCCGUCAGCUUUAUCACACCUGGAACCAAAUACUUCCUGACACUCACGAGUUCGGGGGAAGUUUCCAUUGUAUCAAUAGAAGACUGCAAUUGUACAAGCAGGAUUUUCCUGAAGACUCAAGCAACAGCUCUGGCGUCCUCCCCUUCCUCCCCGACGGCUGCCGUGGGGACGAUGGAUGGCUAUGUAUACUUCCUGAAUAUCCUUGACGUGGAGUCCCCUCAGUUGAUCCACCAGGCCUUCCUCUCCCAGUCACCGGUGAAGAUACUGAUUUAUGACCAGCGAGGAAUCUUUCUGUUAGUCGGUACAGAAGAGGGAAACGUCUUUGUCAUCGAUGCCAGACCCUCAAAGUCAUUUCAAAUUUUUGGAUUCACUGAGACGGGCAAGGACAUCCUGCAGAUAUCCACGGUGUCUGUCGUGGAGUCAGACGUGGUCGAAGUGCUGGUGCUGUCCCCACUUCCAGACAUGGGCAGAAGCAGGCUGGAAUACUUCACCCUGCCAGCCAUGUUACCAGAAGUGGUUCCUGAAAAUUUUUCUGAUGAACGAGGAAGACUGAAAGACAACUUCACCCACAAGUACUUAUAUGAGGUGGAACACACUCUGUCCUCUGCAGUGCUGGGCUUCACGGGCAGCAAAAUCUUCGGCUUCUGCAGCCAGGUGCCCUACAUCUGCAGCUAUGUAAUGCCCGUAAAGGAACACACUGGUGUCCUUGUACUUAAGCCUCACCAAAAAGUACAGAGCAAACAGUACGGAUCUGGAAUGAUCUAUCUGUCUUCUCACGGAUUAUGGCUUAUGACAAUAGCUAAAUGUGGAAUUCUCUGUAUCCGAGAUAUGUUCAGUCUGGAAACCUUUGUUCGAUGUCGGAGUCAUUCUCACCAGGGGCGAGGGAUCCAGAACAUGAAAAUGUCAUUGGACGGACAGCACAUCCUGGUGAAUGGAAAAGAUGAUAACACCCUUGUCUGCCUCAAAUGGAAGCGGCUUGGAGCAAACAUAGCAAGUGAGAUCUUUGAACACAGCCGUCCACUAGUGCUCCAUCUGUCCCAGACAAUGGAAACGGAGAGCAUAUACUUAGCUUUAUCGGGAGAGUCCAAGAACAAGCAACCAGAAGAGACAGCUGAACCCCAAGCCAUCAAACAGGAGACAAGGAUUUUUUCCCCUAGAAGAAAGGAGAUCAAAAGAGGAAUUAAGGAGCUCGCUCAGGUUAUUGCAAGGAUGAUGGAAGAGAAUGAAAAGGUGGACAUCAUUGCAAAACUAGAUCAACAGGAAUUUUGCCUGGACGCCGACGAGCUGGAAAGGCUUCAUGAUGAGUGUGAGGAGGAAGUAGCGAAGAUAAGGAAAGAUGUGGAGAUGCACAACUUGGCCCAGAGCUACUUAACUGAACUCAUCAAGGAGGAAUGCUGGAACUCCAUGGCUGUGAAGGGCCGGGCUCUAAAGUGUUUUCAUAUACCCUAUGUGGUUGACAACUUUCCCAUGAAAGAGCGCACGGAAGAGGAGCUGCAGGAGUUGAGAAAAGUUAUGCAGCAAAAGAAGACUGAGAUAGAGUGUCUUAAGCUCCGGAAAGAGAUUGUAGAGGUCCAGGCUACAACCACUAUGGCUAAGAAGCAUCAUGAGGAGGAGGAGGAGGAAGAAGAUGAAGAAAGGAUAGUAAAAACUACCAGUCUGCCCAAUUACCUGCUUGGUAGUUUGAGCACUGAUUUUGGGGCAGACACAUCUUUGUUGACAAGCCAACUGAACCUUCAUUCCAGAGAGGAGAAAAUCAAUCAAAUUGUAUUGCUAAAAGAUAUCAUUUACAAUAUAAAAAGGACUUUCAAUAGUGAAUUUGAUGCUGCCUAUAAGCAAAAAGAGAUUGAAAUUGCACGCGUAAAAGAAAAGAAUGUUAGAAUUGCAGAAAUUAUUUCAGACUUGGAAUUAGAAGAAACAGUCUGGCAACCAGUGUUUGAAGACAGUGAGAAACCAGAAAGAGCCCUUGUUGUGGAAGAUGAUGAGAUUUCAUUUAAAAAAUACGUUAGUCCAUGGCAAAGAGCCAGAACAGAAGUGGUCUCACCCUAUGAAAUGGAGCGAUUGCGGCAAGCACGGAUCUCUGACGCACGCCAGAGAGGCCUGAUGGAUAUGAUGGGAGGGGUUCUGGAAGUCAAGAAGGAAGACAUCUUAAGGAUGGCAAUCCCUCAACCACCUUUCAUGGCAAAAGCUGAUGCCCUGUGGAGUGAAGAUGAAAGGAAGCAAUUCAAAGAGUACGAGAAAAAAGUCAAGGAGCUGAAUGAAGAGAGAGACAAGUACAGAAAGUCUUUAGAAGCGGAGCUGAAGAAACUUCAAAAUUCUAUUCAAGAGAACACGCAGAGCUUUGACGAGCAUCUGAAGAGACUCUUUGAAAGGAGAGUGAAGGCAGAAAUGGUCAUCAACCAGGAGGAGCUGAAAAUAAACAACAUUAUAUUUUCUUUGCUGCUGGACGAAGAACUCAGCUCCAGGGAACAGUUCCUGAACAACUACCUUUUGAAGAAGCAGGAGGAGAAGACCAAGACUGCAAAUGCCAUCCAGAAAGCGAGAGAAGAUCUGGAUGUGUUCAAGGAGCACCAUGACAUGUUAGUGGCAGAAGACAAAAUUCUGGAUCGAAGCUUCAAAAAGGAAUUUUCUGACAGUUUGGGUCACCAGGUGGAUGUCCUCUACAAACUUUUUAAACGGCGGCCAAGGGUUCACAAACAGAAAACACAGGCAGAUGUCACCAGCCUUGUUCCUUAUGGAGAGCGACCAGGAUCUGCCAAGUUAAAUAAGGAAAACUUAGCCCAGCUAAUGAAAUCCAUGGAUGAAUUGGACAAUAUCAAUAACAUGCCAGAAGGCUUGGACCCCUCAGUCUGGGAACAUUUCUGCUCAGCUAGACGAGCAAAAGUGGAAAAUGAAUACAAAGUGAAGCAGAAAGCAGCCUGCCUCCUGGAAAUGACGACUUUUCUCCGGAAGCGGAUGGAAGAGGAUGAUGCUGUGCAUCAUGAGAUUGAAAAAGUGUUCCAUGAGCUCAUCCGAUUACAGGAUGAGAAAGUGAGAUUCCAGGUGAAUUUGACAGUACAAAUUCUUCUUAAACAAGGACAAGUAGAACUGGAGAAUUUCCAGUUGAUUCUGGAAUAUUCUGAUGCAAUUCUCAUCAAUAAGAAUAUAAUUGAAGACUUGAAUUCUGUGAUUCGGACUCAAGGACAAAAGAAAGUUGCUAGCAUGAUGGAAAGUAAAGAGGUCCACAAAGGAAUAUACCAGAUUGAGUGGGAGCACAAGAAGAUGGAGAUGGAGAUGGAGGACCUGAACCAGAGGGCCUGGGACAUCCAGAUGCUCUUCUUCUCACGAGAUCGGCAGAAGUACCUAAAUGAACCAAACUAUGAGAAUGUGAUUGCCAUUCAGAUUGGAAUAAUGGAGCAAACGAUUAGUGUUAUAGAUAAGAAUCACAAGAAGAAUGUAGAAAACUGCAAAAAACUACUCAAGAAAUUGGGAAAAUACAGCAAUCAGAAAGAUGUUGCAAAUUACACCCUAAGCUGUAAUCUACGGGAAGAACUGGUGGCCGUCUCAGAGAGACAAGACAUUUGCAAUGAAAUAGGGUCUAAGCUGACCUGUGAGAAGAUUGCUAGAGAACGCUACGACAACCUGCUGAAACAGCAGAAGCUGACGAACAUCUCCAAGCAGCAAGCUGAGCAGAUCUCAAUACUGCAGGCUGAAGUGGAAAGACUCAGGAUGAAGACAUUCCCUGCUCUCAUUCCAAUGUAG